AAAAAUAGAGAAGGCGAAUUCACUUUCAAAUCUCAAACCGUGCGCAGGGAUUGACGGCGCGGACAGGGGAAUCGAAUCUGAGAGCCGCCAAGCCAGAAAAAAUGGCGAGCCAGGUAGGCGGCGGUGCCGAAAACGCAGCCGCGGGAGCCAUAGCGGGGUUCGCCACGGUGGCCGCGAUGCACCCACUGGAUGUGAUCCGAACCAGAUUCCAAGUAAAUGACGGAAGAACAAUGGUAGUGCCAAGCUACAAGAACACUCCUCACGCUCUCUUCACUAUUGCUCGCUGUGAGGGUCUGAGGGGACUUUAUGCGGGGUUCUUCCCCGCGGUUCUUGGAUCUUCCAUUUCCUGGGGCUUGUUUUUCUUCUUCUAUGGAAGAGCAAAGCAAAGGUAUGCUUGCCACAUGGAGAAGGACGAGAAGCUGAAUCCCAGUUUUCAUCUGGCUGCCGCAGCCGAGGCUGGAGCAUUGGUGUCUUUCUGCACAAAUCCAGUUUGGCUCAUUAAAACUAGAUUGCAACUCCAAAAUCCUCUGCAUCAGACUCGUCAAUAUGCUGGAGUUUACGAUGCUCUGCGAACCAUAUUGAAAGAGGAAGGAUGGACUGCACUCUAUAGAGGAAUAUGGCCAAGUCUUUUUCUGAGUUCCUCGUUCUCCACAUACCAUACAAGAAGAUAGCCCAGAUUGCACAACUCAUGGACUUCGCCUGUUUGUUCCCCACUCUCAUCAGGUUAUCACCUACUUCUUCCAGCCAGACAAAUUCACUCCGUGCUUCUUCUGAAUUUCAUCCCAAACCUGCACCGUGAAAGGGCACAUCCCGAAGAGAUGCUCCAGUGUUUCCUCAGCUCUCCCACUAAGGCAGCAGGUUGUGUCGAUAUCUCUCCAGUUUUUUAUUUGAUCCUUGGUUAAAAGCCUUCUCCGGCAUGCCAGGCAAAAGAUAAAACUAACCUUAGGAG